UAAUAAACAACCUCCAAAUUCUCAAAUUAAUGUAAAGAACAGGAUUCAAACAGAAAGAAAUGACUAUGGCAGUGAAACAGAUCUAUAUGGACUUGUGUCUAACAUCUUGGAAGAACAAGAUAAAUCACAGCCCUAUUUUACUGAAGGGUUAGUACUGUAUUUAGAAUAGAACAACAUUUUCUCAUGCUCGCAGCAGCAUUCAUCAUAUAUAGCCUAAUAGUAGGCUAUAUAUUACUUUUAACCUAAUAGUAACAAGUUGCAAUUUCUAUCCCUAUUUAGCAUACGUAUUCUAAAAUUCAGGGGACACGGUGGCUCAGGGGCUAGGACGUUGAGCUUGUUGAUGGAAAGGUUGGCAGCUCGGUGGUUCGAAUCCCUACUGCUGCCGUGUAAUGGGGUGAGCUCCCGUUACUUGUCCCAGCUUCUGCCAACCUAGCAGUUUCGAAAGCCUGUAAAAAUGCAAGUAGAAAAAAUAGGGACCACCUUUGGUGGGAAGGUAACAGCAUUCCGUGCGCCUUUGGCAUUGAGUCAUGCCGGCCACAUGACCACGGAGAUGUCUUCAGACAGCGCUGGCUCUUCAGCUUUGAAAUGGAGAUGAGCACCGCCCCCUAGAGUCGGCAACGACUAGCACCUAUGUGCGAGGGGAAACCUUUACCUUUUUAUUCUAAAAUUAAAAUUUCUAAGUUUUUUUUCAGCUAUUUCAGCUGUUUAAUAAGGUUGGAGACCCCUGUCUUAAACAGUAUAUUGGUUCUAUUUCAAAAUACUAUCUUCUUGAAUUGAUUCAAUAAAUAAGAUAUAUGCCAGUUACUUGCAACCUCUUCAUAUUAUCAGCAUACUACCUUUUAAAUAUUUAUUUUUACUUUAAUAUAUAUGUUGUUCUAAAACUAUAAUUGUAAUAGCUUUUAAUAGCUCUCUGAGUACAUUAAUUAUAGGAUACAUCAAAACUAAAAGCAUAAAGUAUAAAACCUAGUAAGGAAUUGCCAAAACUAUUUAUGUUUCAUUCUUCUAGAGCAUGUGCCUCCAAUUUAAAAUCUGUAUGGCCUGUGAGCACUACUCGAUUUACAGAUCAUCCUGAUUUGUUGUCUGAAACAAAAAGAGCAAUAGAUGGAGUCAUUCCUCAACAGGCUUUUUAUGGCGGAGAAUCUUUACCAGUUUCUGAAAAACAGUAUCUGCACAGUGGUAAUGUAACUUUGCAGCAGAAGGUGGAUGACCUUUACCAUGAGCUUACUAAUAUAGAUCUUGAUGAGCAAUGGCUGUUUCCUUCCAGGAAUGAUAAUCUCAGCUGUUACAAUGUUCAGUCCAAUGAGACUGCAAAGGCACCACAAUUUCAAGACUAUUCAUAUGCGAAAACAUGUUUUACCCCACAAACCAAUCUUUUAGAAGCAAUAAAAGAAUCAGGAGCAGAUACCUACACUUACGGAAGAGAAAAAACAGGUCCUAAGGGACAUGAGUCACAACAUCAAAAGAAAGCUGAAAUGUUUCUUUCACAAUUUAAUAGAUAUGGUGAAAGUGCUGAUUAUUAUAGAUACCUGGAUUAUUCUCAUCUUAAUAAAGUAAAGCAAAAUAAAAACAUAAAUUAUGGUGUUCAAGAGAGUAAAAAAUUACCAAGUGGAACACCUGAGUUACCAAUGUUAGAUACAGAUAAUUAUAGUAAAAUUUUUCAAAACAAACAAGUUGUCCCAAAGAAAAUGGAAGAUGUAUCUUCAGAAGAGCAGAAUUUUACAUAUCAAAAGACUACAGGACUCAUGUCAGAAAAACAGUUUGUGAAUGAAAAUUCAUUUACCCCUGAUUUUGGUUUAAAGUCAGAUUUUACCCUGAAGUCUCAUAUAGCUGUUCCAGGAAGUGGUGAUUUUGCAAAUGUUACAGAAAAUUCAGAUUAUUUCAAAUCACUGAAUAUUUUAGCAACAAACCCAGUAACUACUUCACCAAACACAAAUCUGAGGCCAACAUGGAUAAAUAUACAAGCUAAAAACAGUUCCUCUGUCCCUAUUCGGAAUCAAAGCACCUUGAUAAAAUUGAGUAAUUUAUCUACAGGUUCAAAAGGAUCCAAUCAUUCUUAUGAUUUUUCUCAGCUAUCAUCAGCCAAUGUAACUUUAAAUAAUAAUUUGUUGCUUCAGAAAUAUCGCCAAGAAGCACCUACAGUAUUUUCCAGUUUUGAUUUCAAAGAUGGUGGUGCUGCAGACAGAGUUUCUUCUUCCAGUCAUACAGAAGGAUUAAGUAAAGUAGAAGAAAGCCUUUUUGAGUCCAUUAUUGACAAAAAAAUUAAGCCACCAAAUGGUUUUUGUGAUAACUAUUCACAGCAAUAUGGGAUCAUUGAAAAUGUGAACAAGCACAAUUUUCAAGUUAAACCACAGAUUGCAUAUUAUGAAGUUGAGGAAGGCCAAAAACAUUUAGAUGGAUUGUCUCAAAAUUCUUACCAAGAUAUAUUGGAGUCUCAAGGCCAUUUAAAUAGUCAUAGACAAGGAAGUGGAGAUAGUAAUAUUGUCAGUAACCGUGUAAAUCGCAACCAGGUUUCUUGUUUCUCAAAUAAUUUUAUGAUGGGUGAUUUGAGACAUAGCCCAAAUGCCCAACAACUAAAUUCAAAUAGAUUUCCUUUGAAAUCCAACCAUGCUUUUGGACCGUCAGUUAUUCCUUUGAUGGAUUCCUAUGAUUUGUUUUCCUAUGAGGAUUUAAGCCAUUUGUACCCAUAUUUUAAUGAUAUGAUGUAUGGAGACAGUUCUUUCACCGGCUUCAUGCCAACAUUUGGAUUUCAAAGACCAGUGAAAACUCGAAGUGGAUCAGCGAGUGAGCUUCAUAUUAGAUUGGAAGAAUGUUAUGAACAGUGGAGAGCUCUAGAAAAAGAAAGGAAAAAGACUGAAUCUGCCCUUGCCAAGAAUUACCCUGGGAAGAAGGUAUCUAGUACUAAUAACACUCCUAUACCAAGACUGACAUCAAAUCCAUCCAGAGUUGACCGUUUAAUUGUGGAUCAGUUACGAGAGCAAGCCAGAGUUGUGACUCUGCUGGGAAAGAUGGAACGUCUUCGAAGUUCUCCCCUUCAUGCUAAUAUCUGUACUGCUCUUGAUAAGCAUUUGGAAGCAAUACAUGUUGUACAAUCUCGCAGAAAGGAUGAAAUUGUCAAUGCUUCACAUCGGCAAAGACAAGGAGGCCCCCGGUGUCAAGAUGACAGAGAUGUUUUUGCUCUUGCAUUGGCUAUUAAAGAGAUGUGCAUAGCAACACGUAAAGCUCGUACUACACUGUGGUGUGCUCUUCAGAUGACAUUGCCUAAAACAACCUAUACAUCUGUACCAGCUGAAAUGGAAAAGGUUUUACAAGAGCUAGUAGCAUCUCAAGAUAAAUUAUAUGAUCAGAUGAAUAGUGGCAAUCCUAUGAUUCAAAGGGGAGAUACAAAAAAGCACUGAAGAGCAAAGGCAAAACACAAAUAUAUAUAUAUAUUAUAUAUAUAUAUAUAUAAAUAAAAUCAGUACACUAAAAAUGGUAAAUAUAUGUUGUUUAAACAUUCUGUCCAAAUUCAAAGUAAAUACAAGAAAGUAAAGUUGGCUUAUGUGAAUCCAGCAGCUAGGUGAUAAGUAUUAGUUAACAUAAGCCAUGAUGUCUAUGUUAACUGCUGUUGGAAUCAGUAUAUUAAUGAGGCUGAACUACUGUAUUAGGUUCAAUAAAUCAGUACAUUUUAAACUUCUAAAUCCAUUCUACAGUGUAAGUAUACACAAUGAGAGUUUGGUUGUAUAAUAAAAAUUCUUUUAGAUUACAUUAUUACUUUCAAAUAAUGAACUGAAUUGCUGUCACAUAUUAUCGUGUGCACAGUCUAGUAAGACAAGCUUUGAUUGUGAAAAGAAAAAAGAUUUCAUUUAGACAAUGAGUACCUGGAAACUGAAAGAAAGCAAAGCUAAACACACCCAGUAUGAAAAUUUUAAAAAUGAAAAUAUUUAAAGGAAGACAUAUUUAUAAAUUUGAAAUGUUAUUCUACGCGUAAGUACAAAAUUAACCUUAUUUUUUUCAAAUUAGUGAUGCUAUCAUAAAGUUAUUAUUCAACCAUGCAUGUUAGGGAACAUAAAAAGAAACUCUCAAAUCAUUUGUACUAUUAUUUUAAAUAAUAUCAAUAAAACAGUGCCUGUUUCAAAGUAUUUAAAUGUAAAAAAAAAUUACAUUUAUGUAAUCUGUGUCCUUACAGUUAUGCUGCAACUAAAAUAAUGAGUAUUUUUAAUACCCUUGGUUUACUUUAAGAAGGGUAUCAAGAAGUUCUAAAAUGCACUUUCUUUACGGUUACACUUUAGCCAGUUUGGUUUGAAAUUGUUUAAUGUAUAUUUUGUUUCCUUGGUUUGCUUCUGCGUACUUUAGCACUGUUGAACGAUUGCUUUUGUCUUAAUAUCUUUUUAUUGAAUGUGAGUAACUUAUUAAAUUAGCAUGUUAUUAUGUGGCUCAGGAGAUCUUGGGUUUUAACAAUAUAGCAUGAACAUAAACUGUAUAAUGUCUGGAUAAAAUUUAUUAAUCUGCCCUUUGCUAGGUACACAGAUAUUUUAAAUAUUUGUGUUCUUCCAGCAUUUAGAAAUCCUGGUGUGCUAAAAAGUAUAAUCAAACCACAUAAAUUGCCUUUAGAUGAUGAGAGGAAUUGAUUGAGAUUGCAAGGGAAAAUGUAGGGAACAAUUUUGAUCAUUGAUAUGACAUUCCAUGCUGCCAAAAUAAACUGCAGAUGGCAGCAGAUUCAUACCACUAUGCUAUAGUAGCCACUCAAAAGAUGGGUUGAGUUUUGACAUUGAAAUGUUUCAUGUUAUGAAAACAAAUAUUGUACUGACUUCAGUCUCUCAAUUAAUAAACCGUAUUUUGUUGCAGUAAAUUGUGUUUUUCCUACGUCUAUGCCUUAACUUUCAGAGACAAGAUAUUGCCAAAUAGGGCUAUAUAAAUUAAAAACUUCAGGCUCCCUCGCUUCACUUUUCCAGCAUUUUUACAAGCUUUUAGCUUGUAAAAGCUAAAGCUAUUAUAGGAUAGGCUCAGUGGUGGGUUUUAAUUUUUUUUACUACUGGUUCUGUGGGUGUGGCUUGGUGGGCGUGGCAUGGCUUGGUGGGUAUGGCUGGGGAAGGAUACUGUAAAAUCUCCAUUCCCUCCCCACUCCAGGAGAAGGUUACUGAAAAAUCCCCAUUUCCUCCCGAUCAGCUGGGACUUGGGAGGUGAGAAUAGAUCAUGCCAGUCAGAGGUGAUAUUUACCGGUUCUCCGAACUAUUCAAAAUUUCCACUACUGGUUCUCCAGAACUGGUCAGAACCUGCUGAAACCUACCUCUAGAUAGGCUUCUGUGAGGCAAGCCUGAGGGAGAGAAGGGGAUAGGAUAUGGGAGGCUUCUGUGUGGCAAGCCUGAGGGAGAUUAGGUAUUUUCUAAUAGGAUCUGAGAACUAGAGAGGCACACCUAUUCAAGUUUAGGUGGGAGAAGUGUUUUGGACCCAGCAUAGUGUGCUCGUUGUAUCUAUCAUUGGCUUCUUUGCCAAACUAUGAAUGUCCUGGAACUGCAAGCUCAGGAACCUUGAGCACAUAAAUACCAGAUCCAAUGCACUUUUCCCGAUUGCACAUUUGUAUGGAGAACUAUAGAACUACUUGUUCAAUUGACAUGACAAAAAUUGAUCUGGCCAAUAUUUGGAAAUAUACAAAAUGUAAAUUUCCAGUUCUUAUUGGAUAGGUCAAUACAGCAUUUAAAGGGGAUUAUUUCCUAUUUAAUGAAUUGAGUAAUCUACUUUUCCUUGAAAAUAGGUGUUUUGUUUAUUUAUAUUCCACCUUUACUUUUUAAACAAUUCAAGGUGGUGAACAUACCCGAUACUCAAUUCCUCCUCCUAUUUUUCCCAUAGCAAAAACUGUUGAUGUAAAUUGGGCUGAGAAAGAAUGAGUGGCUAACAUUAACAGUAUUUUUAGAUGCUAUGAUCACUUCAAAGUCACCUCUAUAAUGGCACUGCUACUAUUCUUGUUUGAUGUUACUUGGAAAUAAACAAAUGGUUGAAUCUUUCCAAUAUCAUAUAUAUAGAACUAAUCCUCGCUACACACACUUCAGCACAGUUCCCAUCUUUAUCCGCAGUCUCUUGACCACUGCAGACAGAGUAACUCUUUCUUACUUGAAAGUCUGUGCGGAUCAACUGGCCCCCAUCUUCACCUGCAUCUUUAAUCAUUAGAGAUGUAUUAUAUUCCUUCUUGCUUCAAAAGUCUACUAUCUGGGGCCCAAAAAACAUCAGGGAGCUGAGUGACUACAUACUGGUUUCUCCGACAUCUGUAUUUAGGAAAACCUUUGAAAGAUUAGUGUUGAUCCACCUGAAAAUCAUCACAGACCCGCUGCUGGACUUCCUUGCAGUUUGCCUACCGAGCAAAUAAAUUAACAGAUGAUGCUGUUAAUAUGGCAUUGCACUACAUCUUACAACAUCUUGAAUCCCCAAGGAUCUAUGCAAGGUCCUUUUUGUAGACUUCAGCUCAGCAUUCAAUAUUACCACCCCAGAAAUUCACUCUAAACUGACACAGCUAGUUACACCUGUCCACUUAUAUAUGAAUUAUAAGCUUUCCAACAGAUAGAAAGCAGGUGAAGCCAGUAAAAUAAUAUUUAAUACCUGUUCAGUAAGCACAGGCGCUCCCCAGGGCUUUGUGCUCUCUCCAUAUCAAUGACUCCUGACCGUUCUCCUAAUGGUAUCUAACGGCUAUAUUACUUUUUUGUUUGUAUGUACACAGAGCUGUUGCACUGGAGAUAAAUUCCUUGUGUGUCAAUCACACUUGGCCAAUAAAGUAUCACUACUCUUCCAUUUUCAUUCCAUUCCAUUCCCAUCAGGUGCUAGAAUGUACCUUUUUAAUCAUGACCCUUUGAAUCUAAUUGUUGCAAAAACUCUUCCUCUACUGCUUCCUCAGAGCAGUGAAACAUUUCAUAAAACUCCAAGUUGAUAUUUGGAAAAGUUAUGUGAAAGUUAAUAUAGCUACAUUUAGUACACUAAUGGCAUAAAUAACAAGCUGGAUUAGUUAUGAGAGAGGUUAUGUAUAAAGAACAACUAAUAAUGCCCUAUGAGCAUUGGUAAAUAUGGCAAGGACAUAUAAGUUAUUUAGUACAGUAAAUGUAGAGAAAAGAUAAUUUGACAGCAAUGCCAACAGUGUAUGUCACAAUAGCUGUUCCUUAAUAAAUCUUGAACAUAGAACUAUUGAAAUAACAGUAUUAAUCAAACGAGAUCAAGUAGUCGGAUCUUCCAACAAAAUUUGGAUUUUGUUAUUUGUGAUCAGGUACUUACUGGAAUUAUGUCUGCUGCUAUUCAGCUAAUCUCCCUUAUCUAAGAAGAAAAUGAUAAAAAGUUGCACUUUAUACCAAGAUCUAUUGUAAUAAAUAAAAAAUGGGGGCACAUUUAAUGUAGCCUUCCUUUACUUGAUGUUCUCCUAUUCUUGGCCUUCGAUUUUCAAUAAUUCAUCAGUGUAUCAGCAAGGAAAAGGUGAUAAUCAGGAAGGUACAGCAAUUACUCAAAAACAUUUAAGUGAGUGACUGCAACAAACAAGGGUAAUAUUCAUUGUAACAAGUCUGGAAUCAAGUAGCCAGAAUCCUGGGUACUGAAAUGUUGAUGCUGUACUAACACUAUGAAACAAUAAUAGGAUAAAUAAUAGGAUAAAAGAAGAUGCUUUGGGAGCAUCUAUUAGAAUAAAGAGGAAAGCAAAGCCAAUAACUUUAGGCCCCAUGUAAUUAAGGUGACCAAGCUUCUGCAUUACAGCAAAACUUAAGCUGGGACCUCGCUGCUAUAAAUACUAUUCUCUAUUUCUCUAAAAGGAAAAUUUUUCUUGUCCCAAAUUACUUUGCCUCUAAAAGGGAAGUUAUCUGAUAUUUGUUAAAAAUUAUCAUUAUAUCUUAUAAACAUUAAGGAUCAGAGAGUGAU